GGGACUCACAGCUAGUCUUGAAGCAAUUGUCUGGUGAGUACAAAUGUACUAGCCUUGCUUUAGCCCCUUAUUUUGCCUUGGCUAUGCAAUUGCUGGAAGAAUUUGAUGACGUGUCCAUCAGACAUGUGCCCAGAGACCAGAACUAUGAAGCUAAUGAAAUGGCCCAGAUUGCUUCAGGUCUACGAAUUCCUGAAGGUGUAAUGCAGAAAGUUGUAAUAGUUGAAAAACGCAGUCUGCCAUCAAUUCAUCAACGUGGCAUGACUGUCUCCACUUGCAGCAUUGAUGUUACCCAGACGGACUGGCACUUUCCAAUUAUUCAGUACCUUAAGGAUCAAAGCAUUAAGAUGAAAGUUUCCAGAUGCUGUCUGAUGUCCAUGAUGGGAUUUGUGGUGCACACCAGGCUGGAAUCAAGAUGCGUUGGUUAAUUCGCAGACAUGGCUUCUUCUGGCCGUCUGUCUUAAAAGAUUGUAUUGGUUAUGCUAAGGGCUGCAAAUCUUGUCAGAUCCAUGGGCCACUUCAAAGAGUUCCAGCCUCUGAACUUAAUUC